AUGCGUUAUCAUGCUAUGUUUGGCAGACCAUGGUGCUUGUAUAUUUUAUACUCUCUAUGUGUACUUUUCUUGGCUGUUUUGACAAAUGCGUCUUCAGUAGAGGAUACUGAGGGGGUUUGGCAUUCACCAUCGGCGGUGAUAAAACCAACUGAAGGAGGGGCUCGUAUGCUGCAUGAAGAGAAUGGGGGACCGGAUAACAACGGAGAGACUGGGCGUCUAAAAGGGGAAUUUGCUCGUCUCCGAAAACUGACUGAAGGCCACGUAACAGAAGCUGAAGCAAAGGAGGAAGCGGCGAAGAGGCAUCAAGCGGAGGAGGAAGCGACGAAGAGGCAUCAAGCGGAGGAGGAAGCGACGAAGAGGCAUCAAGCGGAGGAGGAAGCGACGAAGAGGCAUCAAGCGGAGGAAGAAGCGACGAAGAGGCAUCAAGCGGAGGAGGAAGAGGAGAAGAGGCAUCAAGCGGAGGAGGAAGCGGCGAAGAGGCAUCAAGCGGAGGAGGAAGCGGAGAAGAGGCAUCAAGCGGAGGAGGAAGCGACGAAGAGGCGCCAAGCGGAGGAGGAAGCGGAGAAGAGGCAUCACGCGGAGGAGGAAGCGGAGAAGAGGCGCCAAGCGGAGGAGGAAGCGACGAAGAGGCGCCAAGCGGAGGAGGAAGCGGAGAAGAGGCAUCAAGCGGAGGAGGAAGCGGAGAAGAGGCGCCAAGCGGAGGAGGAAGCGGAGAAGAGGCGCCAAGCGGAGGAAGAAGCGGAGAAGAGGCGCCAAGCGGAGGAGGAAGCGGAGAAGAGGCGCCAAGCGGAGGAGGAAGCGACGAAGAGGCGCCAAGCGGAGGAGGAAGCGGAGAAGAGGCAUCAAGCGGAGGAGGAAGCGGAGAAGAGGCAUCAAGCGGAGGAGGAAGCGGAGAAGAGGCAUCAAGCGGAGGAGGAAGCGGAGAAGAGGCGCCAAGCGGAGGAGGAAGCGACGAAGAGGCGCCAAGCGGAGGAGGAAGCGGAGAAGAGGCGCCAAGCGGAGGAGGAAGCGGAGAAGAGGCGCCAAGCGGAGGAGGAAGCGGAGAAGAGGCAUCACGCGGAGGAAGAAGCGACGAAGAGGCAUCAAGCGGAGGAAGAAGCGACGAAGAGGCGCCAAGCGGAGGAGGAAGCGGAGAAGAGGCAUCACGCGGAGGAAGAAGCGACGAAGAGGCGCCAAGCGGAGGAGGAAGCGGAGAAGAGGCAUCACGCGGAGGAGGAAGCGACGAAGAGGCGCCAAGCGGAGGAGGAAGCGGAGAAGAGGCAUCACGCGGAGGAAGAAGCGACGAAGAGGCGCCAAGCGGAGGAGGAAGCGGAGAAGAGGCAUCACGCGGAGGAAGAAGCGACGAAGAGGCGCCAAGCGGAGGAGGAAGCGGAGAAGAGGCAUCACGCGGAGGAAGAAGCGACGAAGAGGCGCCAAGCGGAGGAGGAAGCGGAGAAGAGGCAUCACGCGGAGGAAGAAGCGACGAAGAGGCAUCAAGCGGAGGAAGAAGCGACGAAGAGGCGCCAAGCGGAGGAGGAAGCGGCGAAGAGGCGCCAAGCGGAGGAAGAAGCGGAGAAGAGGCAUCAAUCAGAGAAGGACACGCAAAAUUCGCUGAAAAGGUAUAAUUCCAGGGGAAACAAGGGACUAGAGUUUCUGAGGAUCUUGGUUUUUCAGACAGAUGAGUUGGAAAGUUCCGUGAAUGCAGCCACGGAAGAAAUCAACAAAUUCUGUUUUUUGGCAGGGACGAUAUCCACCAGCUGCCAUGAAGCCCUUUCAGAUCUUCAUGCUGCCACGUCAAGAUUGGCUGUUGCCGUCAACACUCUGGGCAAGAACUCGGAUAUUGAAGACGAGCCGCCUCGCGGAUCCGAAAGGAAGAGCAACAAAAAUGGGCAAGAGGGUAGUAGACCGUUUUUUGGGAGUCAACCGCACGGUGAAGAGGAGGCGAUUCCCGCUGAAAUUUGGGGAGUAUGGAAUUGGGUUGGAGCCCUGCUUCUUAUAGUCUUGGCAAGUGUGAUCAAUAGGAUGCGGGAGGCUCCAAAAUGGAAGAGGGAGGAGGAUAAAAUAAAAUUUCAUGGCAAAAAUGGGGAGAAGGAGGAUCAGCGCGGGAGCCAUUGCAGCAUUGGCAGUGAAAAGCCUGAAAAUGGAUUGCCCCUCAACAGUGUGCUAUCCCAAGGGGCGAACAGAAACACUGCCCCAGGACUUGUGCGCCGCCCACCAGUCGUCAAAAGUGAAGUCAAGACUUCUUUUCCUGCUCCACCGAAACAACCUUUUGUUAGACCAUUUUUGCCAGAUCCAGGGGAGGAAAGUGCGUUGCAAGUUGGGGGAACGCCAAAGCAGCAUGGAGUUACGGGACCUGUCCCUUUCAGGCCGCCGCAACCAGUCUGGUUAAAUCAGAAUGGCCCGUCACCUAGUGGACCAUCGAGUGAUCUUUGCCAUAGUUUAUUGGUUGCUGAAAAUUCUGUUGCGGCCGAGAAGGCAAAGGAAGAUAGUGCAGCAUCCUUAGGCGAACUUCGAAAUCCAUUUCUCCAAAGGUGGUCAUGA